AUGUCUGUGGCAUACCAUGGAUCAGACAAUGGACAACCAGUUUUGAAGAGGUUAUUCCUCUCGUGUUUUGCGGACUCCACUCAAGACAUCACUUCCCAAAUCCCUGAAAAAUGGUGUCCCAAAACAAGCGCCUCAUUCCUCUCGAAACUGACGUUUUCGUGGUUCACACCAAUGGUUAUGAAAGGCUAUCGCAAACCACUGACCACUCAAGACAUGUGGACACUGGAGGACAAGUGCCAGACCUCUGUUUGUGUCGAAAGAUUCAACAAAUACUGGAAACCAAUCGCUCAAAUUAAAGACCAAGAGCAUAUUAAUAUUUUGAUACCAAUUUUGCGUACAUUUUGGCCGACACUUACUAUCAAUUCAUUAAUUAAACUGACGGCUAGUUUACUACAAUUAACGCAACCCUUACUACUCGACCGACUCUUAACAUACUUGACAUCGCAAACAAGUGAACCCGAAUGGACAGGCUAUUCGUAUGCCGUACUAAUGUUUGUGUGCCCUAUGAUGGCAUCAAUAUUGGACGGCCAGUACGAGUACCGGCAAAAUGUGGAUUCAAUGCGAAUUAAAUCAUGCAUAGUAUCCAAACUAUAUGAAAAGUCCAUAAUGUUGUCGAGUGGUGGACGUAAAGAGUUUACGAGUGGUGAGAUUAUAAACCUCAUAUCAGUGGACAUGGGUCGGGUACACUUUUUCUUGAAAAUGUACAACACUUUAUGGCUGAGCCCCUUACAGAUAUGCAUAUCCAUAGCGCUGUUAUGGAAACAAUUAGGUGUGUCCAGUCUGGCCGGCAUUGCCUUUAUGGCAACUAUGAUACCCAUAAACACCAUGAAUAACAAUAAAAUGGAAAGCCUUUGGACACAACUACUCGAGUGGAAGGACAAGAGGGUUAUGGCUAUCAAUGAGAUACUAAACAACAUUAAAGUAUUAAAGUUAUACGCUUGGGAACAGGCGUUUAUGGACAAUGUGCACAAAUUAAGGGAACAUGAGACUAAUGUUCUGGAUACUUAUAUCAAGUCUAGCACUUGGACUUCAUUCACAUUGAAUGCCAGUGGACUUAUUGUAAGUGUAUUGAGUUUCACGGCCUUUACAUUCAGCUCCGACCAGAAUAUUCUUGACGCAAAUAAAGCAUUUGUUUCGCUUUCAUUAUUUACUAUUAUAGGCUCACAAUUUCAUCAAGUCCCAGUAAUCAUUCGCAGAAUAAAUAAAUAUUUAAACGGCAAUGAAGUCAAUGAGAAGUUUAUUACACAUAAAGUCAAUGAGAAAAAUCCUAUUAUUGUGAAAAACGGUUCAUUCAAAUGGGGUCAGGAAUCGAGUGAUAAAGUACUCAAAAAUAUUAAUUUAAAUAUUGAGAGUAACUCUUUGGUGGCAGUCGUGGGUCAGGUCGGGGCUGGAAAGUCAUCCCUACUGUCGGCACUAUUGGGGAAUAUGGAGAAAACUAAUGGCGAAGUAAAUAUCAGCGGAACGGUAGCCUAUGUUUCACAACAGGCGUGGAUUCAAAACACUACUCUCAGACAGAAUAUUCUGUUCAUUAAUGAAUACAAUAAGAGAUUCUAUGAGAAAGUGUUGGAUUCGUGUGCUUUGAGACCCGAUUUGGAGAUCCUUUUGGCUAAAGAUAUGACAGAAAUCGGCGAAAAGGGUAUCAAUUUGUCGGGCGGACAGAAGCAAAGGGUUUCACUCGCGAGGGCUGUCUAUUCAGACGCCGACAUCUACUUAUUGGACGACCCAUUAAGUGCUGUUGACGCCCACGUCGGCAGACACUUAUUUGAUGAGACAAUCGGUCCGAAAGGCAUUCUUCGUAAUAAAACCCGUAUUUUAGUGACACAUAAGGCAUCGGUUUUGCCAGAAGUGGACAAAAUAGUUGUCUUAAAGGAGGGACUGAUCUCUGAAUUCGGAUCAUUCGAUGAACUGAUGGCUAAAAGUGGAGAAUUCGCUGAAUUUAUAGCCGAAUAUGUGUUGAGACAGGAGUCGGAAGGGGUGGACAUCGACGACGAGAAAGAGUUGGAAAUGUUAGCAAAACUGAGACAAAGAGUGAAACCAAUUAUCGAGAGACAAGAAUCGCGUAACUCAUUGGCCAGCGAUGGUCUGGUCCGACGACAGGGAAGUCACAUCUCGACGACCACUGAUAGCGAAGACCAGAAAAUACUAGAAACUGGAGAACAGAGUCAAGACGUACAACAAAAUGAUGGGAAACUUAUGGAUGAGGAGAAACCAGAGACCGGUUCCGUUAAAACCCAUGUCUAUAAGCAGUACUUCCGUUGGGUUGGCGUCCGAUACCUGAUUGUCAUACUCUUGUCGUAUAUCAUCGCAAACACCGGAGCGGUGGCGUCGGGUCUUUGGUUGAGUAAGUGGUCGGCCGAUGCGCUCGACCCUCAACUGGUUGAUGAUUACAACCUACGUCUGGUAAGACUGGGUCUGUUCGCAGGGUUUUGUAUCGUGCAAAUGGUGUUCAUAUUCUCAGCCCAACUGUCCAUUAGUCUGGGAUGUAUGGGUGCGGCUAAACGGUUGCACCGGCUUAUGAUGGAGCGUAUGAUGAGAGCACCCGUCGCUUACUUCGAUACAACACCUGUCGGUCGUAUUGUGAGCCGAUUCUCGGAGGACAUGGAGCUCAUAGACAGUGAACUACUGUAUGAUUUCCGUCUAAUGUGUCUGAAAUUUUUCUCACUUAUCGUAUCAAUGGGUAUGAUAUCUCUGGAAACACCGCUUAUUAUGUUAGCCAUACUUCCCAUAAUCAUAACGUACGUCACGUGUCAACGCAUUUAUACCGCGGGUUUACGGCAAAUACGACGACUCACAUCGACCUCCAGUUCCCAUAUUAUUAGUCAUUUUGGAGAGACAUUUAGCGGCACGUCCACCAUCAGAGCCUAUGAAGCGAAACGACAUUUCCUUCGUGAAUCGCACCGUCGUAUCGAUGAAAGUAAUGCCUGCGCCUAUCAAUUGGUUUGUUCCCAGGGAUGGCUCGCUAUAAGACUGGAGCUCUUGGGCUAUAGUAUAGUGUUUUUGUCGGCUCUGUUCGCAGUGGUCUUCCGGGAGACAGUGAGCGCAGGUGUGGCCGCACUGGCCAUCAGCUAUGCCCUCAACAUAACCACUCUUAUCGAGAAGUUUAUUUUAGGUGUCACAGAGACAGAGACCGAUAUCCUGGCCGUCGAGAGGUGUCUGAAGUUCAUUGAAAUGCCUUCCGAGGCCGAGUGGUUCAACGAUCGGACAAAACCGCCGUCCGAUUGGCCACUAAUGGGAGGAAUAGUGUUCUCCAACUAUAGCACCAAAUAUAGACAGGAAUUGGAUUUAGUGCUCAAAAACAUCACAUUAGAUGUCAAACCGAGGGAAAGGCUGGCAAUAGUGGGCCGAACCGGCGCUGGAAAGUCAUCCCUGGCUUUGGCUCUCUUCCGACUUAUCGAAGCCACUGAUGGGACGGUUAGUAUCGAUGGCAUCGACUGCUCGACAAUAGGUUUGCAUGACUUGAGGUCUCGGCUAACAGUCAUACCUCAAGAGCCGGUACUCUUCGCGGGCUCUUUGCGACACAAUUUGGAUCCUUUGGAUCAGUGGUCAGACAAACAGAUAUGGCGGGCCUUGGAGUCGGCGCAUCUGAAGACAUUUGUGGACAGUCUUGAGAGUGGACUCAAUCACGAGAUCUCCAUCGACGGCGAGAAUCUGAGUGUCGGACAGAAACAGUUGGUCUGUUUGGCGAGAGCUCUGCUCAGACGCACCCGAGUCCUGGUUUUAGACGAGGCCACCGCCGCGGUCGAUAUGGAAACGGAUGACUUGAUUCAGAAGACAAUCCGCGAAGAGUUUUCUUCGUCGACAGUCGUGACGAUCGCUCACCGAUUGAAUACAAUCAGAGAUUACGACAAAGUGUUGGUUUUGGACAACGGAUUCAUCGCUGAGUUCGGACCUCCGGAACAGCUCUUGACUGACAAGACCACUAUCUUCUACUCGAUGGCCAAACACGAGGGCAUUGUCUGAAUGUUUCAGCGAUUUCGUUCAAUAUUAAAAUGAUAUAAAAGUUUAAUAAUAAAAUUUAAUUAAAUAAAAUGUAAUUCAACUUUUUUUAUUGCUUUACAAAGAGUUUAAACUUUUAAAAAAA